AUGCGCGGUUUGCUCGCCCUCUUCACGCUUCUUGUCAUUACCCCCGCGGCGGCAAAACCAUACGCUGGUUUGAAAACCUGGGGUCGGUUCGAUAAGCUCCCCUAUCCCGGAGAUAAAGCUUUCCUCUACGAUACCUUCCCCGAGGAGUUUAUGUGGGCGGUGGGCACGGCGGCGUACCAAGUGGAGGGCGCGUUUGAGAAGGACGGCAAGGGGCUCUCCGUUUGGGACACUUUUACGCGCGGUGGGAACCGGAUGGCCACCGGGGACGUAGGCAGCGACAGCUACCACAACAUCCACGCCGACAUCCGAGCCAUCAAGCAGCUCGGGGUCAGCCACUACAGAUUCUCCCUGUCCUGGUCGAGGAUAUUUCCCAACGGCACACGGGGGAGUUACAACGAAAUCGGCACCAACUAUUACAGGACGCUCCUCAAGAAGCUGAAGGGGAUCCGCGUGCAGCCUGUGGUGACCCUCUACCACUGGGACCUGCCGGAUCACCUGCAGCAGACCCUCGGCGGCUGGAGCAACCCGCAGCUUGUGGAGAUUUUCAAAGACUACGCCGAUUUCUGCUUCCAGACUUUCGGUGAUGAUGUGAAGUACUGGAUCACCAUAGACAACCCGUUCGUGGUGGCUUGGCACGGGUACGGGACAGGGGUGGUCGCACCCGGGAUAAAGAACGGCCCUGAGCUCCCGUUCCGGGUGGGACACAACCUCCUCAAGGCACAUGCGGCUGCUUGGCACCUCUACGACCGCUACUAUCGCCCUCAGCAGCAUGGUAAGCUGUCCAUGGCACUGGCUUCUCACUGGAUCAAGCCCAGCCGCACCCGCCGGGAGAGCCUGCGGGACUGCCAGUGCUCCCUGGACCACGUCCUGGGCUGGUUUGCCCGGCCACUUUUCACCGACGGGGACUACCCUCCCUGUAUGAAGGAGAGGCUGGGCUCACGGCUGCCCUCCUUCACCCAGGAGGAGAGGGAGCAAGUGAGGGGGACGGCCGACUUCUUUGCCCUCUCUCACGGAGCGGCCCUCAGCUUCCAGCUCGUCAAUGACAGCCUGAAGUUUGGACAGCUGGAGGAUCUGGACCUGAGGAUGCUGCUCUACUGGGUCAACGCAGAGUAUGACAAGCCGCCCAUCUUCGUGGUGCAGAGCGGCUGGUAUGUUCUGGGCAACACGAAGACAGAAGACCCUAAACAUAUGUACUACCUCAAGAGAUUCAUUGUAGAGGCACUGAAAUCAAUCAGUAUAGAUGGUGUGAAUGUGAUUGGCUAUACAGCCUGGUCCCUAAUAGAUGGCUUUGAGUGGCACAGAGAAUAUGGGAUACGCCGGGGACUUUACUAUGUUGACUUCAACACUCCUGACAUGAAGAGGGAGCCAAAGACAUCUGCCACUUUUUACAGGAAGCUUAUCCAGAGGAAUGGUUUCCCUGAGCUUCCAGAAAACAGGCCGGCCCAAGGCGUCUUCCCAUGUGAUUUUGCUUGGGGGGUAUCUGCCAACUCCAUACAGGUAGAGACCAUGCCCACCCAGUUUGCAGACCCCAGUGUUUACCUCUGGAACGUCUCCAACAACGGCGAGCUGAAGAGGCUCAAGGGUCUGAGUGCACCACCUUUACGCCGAACUACCCACUGCGCUGAUUAUGCAACCAUCCGCCAACAGGUGGAUGAAAUCCGGCAGGUUGGGGUAAGUCACUUCCACUUCUCCCUCAACUGGUCAGCCCUGGUGCCUUCAGGUCAUGUGGGCCAUCCUAACACCACUCUGCUGGGAUACUACCGCUGCUUUACCCAUCAGCUGCUCCGGGCCAAUGUCACGCCUGUGGUCACUCUGUGGCACCACACACGCCAGCGCAGCAGCCUGCCCGCUCCGCUGGACACUGCGCACAAGUGGCUCAACAGGGGGACUCCAGAGGCUUUUGCAGAUUAUGCCAGACUUUGCUACAGAGAACUGGGUGCCCAUGUGAAGCUGUGGAUCACCCUGAACGAGCCCAACGACGAGAUGGUCAGCUACCAGGAUGGCCAUGAGAUGCUGCGGGCUCACGCUCUGGCCUGGCGCGCCUACGACCAGGAGUUUAGACACAUCCAGGGAGGGCAGGUGUCCCUGGCUCUGCAUAUGGACUGGUUGGAACCGGCCUUUUCAUUCAGCCGUGAAGAUGUGGAACCAGCUAAAAGAGUUUUAGACUUCCGUGUCGGCUGGUUUGCAGAACCAAUCUUUGGCAGCGGAGACUAUCCUCUUGGCAUGAGGAGCUGGCUGCGUCAGCUCAACUCACUUGACUUACCGGUGUUCAAUGAGAAGGACCGGCAGCUGGUUAAGGGGACAUAUGACUUCUUUGCCAUUAGCCACUUCAGCACUGAGUUGGUUACUCACGCCAAGGAGGACCCGUACACGUACACAGCUAUGCUAGAGGUCCAACUCAUGAAAGACACCACGUGGAUUUUGUCACCCAGGCCUGUGGUGCCCUGGGGCCUGAGGAAAGCCCUCAACUGGGUGAAGGAGCACUACAGUGAUGUGCCUGUCUAUGUGAUGGCCAACGGAGUCGAGGAAGACCCGGCCCGCUUCAAAGACAGCCUGAGAGUCUACUACCUGUACAACUAUAUCAACGAGGCCCUGAAAGCAUACACUCUGGAUGGUGUAAAUCUGAAGGGCUACUUUGCUUAUGCCCUGAGUGACCAAAGGGACCCGGGCUUUGGUCUGUACGGCCAUGUCCAGGAUGAGGUCAUCAUCAAGGCGUCGCUCUCCAACUACCGCAACAUCAUCCAGCACAAUGGCUUCCCCAUACAGGGGGCUACGGCCCAGCAGUGCCCCAGCCAGCCCCAGCCCUGCCUGGGCUGCCACAUCUUGGCCAAGAGGCCUGUGCUGGGCUUCCUGACUUUGGUGGGCUCUGCUGUCCUCAUCACUCUGGGCCUCAUAAUCUACUACGCAGCCAAGAGACACAAGGAGUGCUACUGAUGGCUGUGAUCGUAGUUUUCGGUUUGUAUUUUAAUAAAUGACUCAAGAAAUUGAGCUUCUUGUGCAGCAGUGUAGAUUCCAAUCCAAACUGUAAGUAUUGGUACCAAGGAGCUAAGUUGAGUUUAUAUUGCCUCAUCUAAUUUAUAUCUCGUAUUAGAAAGAUGCAGCUAAAGCAAACAUUUUUAAAGUCACAUUACUUUUUUGUCCUACUUUUUUAAAUUUUGUGCCACGUUAGACUGAUCUCUGUCAUAUUUACCUUGUAGGUUAGUAACUGUCCAAGUUCUACAUGUCACUCUUCCUCUGCCACAGCGCUGGGACAUACAAGUAUUGGAAAAAGUGACAGGUAGCUCACUUGGUAAAACAUGUAUGAUUUGUUAAGGCUGUCCUGACCGCAGUAUCCUGGGUUUAAAUCCAACUCCAAGCCUUUUGCUGCAUGUCAUCCUCCCUCUCUCCCCUGUCCUUCUCUACUUUAACUGCCACAUAAAGGAGAAUGCAAAAAAAUAACAAAAAAUAUCUUUAAAAAAAGACAAACACCAUACAGAGAGAGACUAUAAUUUUUUAAGGAGCUAAAUCACUUAUACAGGGAGCUACAGUCAGGUCAUAUUAAAUCGACUGCCAUUUAAUGUGUCAGAUACAUGUCAGUCACCACUUUUUUAUGCAUUUUUGAACCAUCAAAAAAAAUUGCCUUUGAUCAUGAAACAACUGCAAAACAUCAUGUGAGUACAGUCUGGUUGGUGUUUGGAAGUGACCCUCCCAAAGGUGAGGCGUCUUAACAGGAAGGAAAAACAAGACUUUGGGAUAGUAGUCCAGUCCACAGCUUAAAAAAUUCCCAGUAAUCCUGUGAUAUUUUAUAGACAUCAUUAAAUCUCACUGAAAUGCAAUGAGAUGCGGGUGACU